AUGCUGAUAACGCACGACUUUUGUGAAGCACUUGCCAAACGGGCUACAGAAUUUAUUAAAUUUCCAGAGACUGAGCAAGAGGUGCUACAAAGCAUUGGCUUGUUCACAAACAAGUCCCCAUUCCCGCAUGUGGUAGAAGCAGUUGACGGUAGUCAUAUUGCAUUAAAACAGUGCCUGUCAACGAACGGAUUGACUACUUUAAUCGAAAGCAAGAUUAUUCUAUUGUUAUCCAAGGCGUCGCUGAUGCGUCUUUUAGAUUUCUUGAUGGAACUCGGCGUAUCCCUUGUCUGUUUGGCUGAUGAAGCCUUUAAGCAAACACCUACAUUAACUGAGAGCCAAUUGCGUUUCAACCGUGCCCUCAGCCAAGCCCGAGUAGUUAUAGAACAAGCUUUCGGAAUUUUGAAAGGUCGUUGGAGGUGUCUCUAUAAACCACUGGAGGAAAAAACAAGCAGAGUCCCCACCACUAUCAUGGCUUGUUGUGUCCUUCAUAAUAUUUGUAUAGAUGUUGGAGAUCCGAGUGCUAUAGACCCCGUUGAGGAUGACGAUGAAAUGGAUCAAAGUUCUUGCAAUGGAGAUGAGCAGUCUGACGCAAGGGGCAUUAGAGAAGAUAUUAUGAACUAUUUAUCAUAG